CUCUAAAAUUCUCCCAUUUAUAUAGCCCUUCUCUCUCUCUCCUACAAAUUGCAGAAAAAAAGAGAAGAGAAGAGAAACUUCCUUCUCUGUUCUCUCCUUACUACUGGUUCAGCGAGAAAAAGCAUCAUAAUAGUAUCGAGCAGAAAUGCAGAACGAAGCCGCCUCCACUACCGCUAAUGAUGAUGACCUUAACAUUGCUACCAAAUCUGCAGAAUCUCUUCCAAACGAAGUCGAUUUCACCUCCAUGUUAUGUCCCAAGGCGUCCCACUCUCUCACGCCUUACGUGGACUCCCGCUUUGUGAUGCAGCAACAGGACCUGGUAAAUCGCAGCGCGCUUUGCCUUACUCGCCUUCGCGAGGCGGCCAGAGAAGUAGAUUCCCUACGCCUGGAGAACGCUGCUCUCCGGUCCGUCAACCAAGAGCUCAACAAUCACCUGAGCUUACUCCUCCAAGCCUCGGUCCAGAAACGCUGUCCCUCCUCUGAUCAGAACACCACUUCAUUCGAGAUCAUGAAUGGCUUCCGCAAUUUGUGCAACAUUAGCGAUUUUGGAGGAGAAGAACUGUGUGAAGACGAGAAUCCUAAGAGCGUGAUGGAGGUGCAGACCGCGGUCGCGAAGGAGAGGACAUCGUUGCCUAAGAUUAUUUCUGUGAGGUCCAAUGGAUACUUGAAGACGAGCCAGACUGGUGUGAGCAAGACUCGGAGCGUGACUCGGCCUAAAACCGCGAGUCCAAUCAAUGGAGCGUUAAAGGUUUACGUUCGUGGAGGGAAGGAGGAGGAGGAGGAGCCCCUUGAACUUGACGUCUACAACCAAGGAAUGUUCAAGACUGAACUGUGCAACAAGUGGCAGGAGACAGGUACUUGCCCAUAUGGUGAUCACUGCCAGUUUGCUCAUGGCAUCGAAGAGCUCCGCCCAGUUAUCCGCCACCCUCGCUACAAGACUGAGGUCUGUAGGAUGGUCCUUGCUGGUGAUAUCUGUCCUUAUGGCCACCGCUGUCACUUCCGCCAUGUCCUUACUGAGCAAGAAAGUUUUAUGGGCCACCUCAAGCCGAAGCUUGAAAGGUAAAAUAAGAAUAUGUUGACCAGAAAACCGCCAAUCUGUGACUGGGGCUAAUGUAGGGUACCCCAAAGAGAAUGGUAAAUAAUAAUACUCUUUAAUCUAGUAUACAAAUAGUAAAUAUGAAUGGUGGACAUAUAAAUAAUUACUAUAUAUAAUGACGUAGAAAAAAAAAAGGAAGAUUUUAUGGAGGCGGACAUUGGAAAAUGAUUCUAGAGAGAUUAUUAGCACUUCUAAUUUUUGUGUUCCACUUUUAUUUCAUUUUAUACAUUAAAUGGACAAGGCGUAUGAGACAUCAUUGAAUA